AUGGACAGUGGCUGCCACAACGCGACCGCCAAAAUGUUAGCGACUGCCCCGGCCCGGGGCAGCGCGAUGAGCACCUCCAAACCCUUGGCUUUCUCCAUCGAGCGGAUCAUGGCGCGCACCCCGGAGCCCAAGGCCCUGCCGGUCCCCCACUUCCUGCCGGGAGCCGUGCCCAAGGGGGACUCCAAGCACCCGCUGCAUCUUAGCCCGUCGAUCCCUUGCAUGAUCCCCUUCGUGCCGGUGGCGUACGACACGAGCCCCAAGGCUGGACUGACAGGCUCGGAGCCGCGGAAGGCGAGUCUGGAGCCUCCGGCGGCUCCGGCGGCGGGGUCCGCGUUCAGCUGCAGCGACCUGCUCAACUGCGCGCUGGGUCUCAAGGGCGACCUGGCCCGCGACGCGCUGCCGCUGCAGCAGUACAAGCUGGUGAGGCCGCGCGUGGUCAACCAUUCUUCCUUCCACGCCAUGGGAGCCCUGUGCUACCUGAACCGCGGCGACGGCCCGUGCCACCCGGCGGCGGCGGGCGUGAACAUCCACCCGGUGGCCUCCUACUUCCUCAGCUCCCCUUUGCACGCGCAGCCCAAAACGUAUUUAGCCGAAAGGAACAAACUGGUGGUCCCGGCCGCGGAGAAGUACCCCUCGGGCGUAGCUUUCAAAGACUUGUCCCAGGUUCAGCUGCAGCAUUACAUGAAGGAAAGCGCGCAGCUCCUGUCGGAAAAGAUCGCCUUCAAGACCUCCGACUUCAGCCGAGGCUCUCCGAAUGCCAAACCCAAAGUUUUCACGUGCGAAGUGUGUGGAAAGGUCUUUAAUGCUCACUACAACUUAACCCGUCACAUGCCGGUGCAUACGGGAGCCAGGCCCUUCGUGUGCAAAGUGUGUGGAAAGGGGUUCCGGCAAGCCAGCACCCUGUGCCGGCACAAGAUCAUUCACACCCAGGAGAAACCUCACAAAUGUAACCAGUGUGGCAAAGCGUUUAACAGAAGCUCCACUUUGAACACGCACACCCGGAUACACGCGGGCUACAAACCGUUCAUAUGUGAAUUCUGUGGCAAAGGAUUUCAUCAAAAAGGGAAUUACAAAAACCACAAGCUGACCCACAGUGGGGAGAAGCAGUUCAAGUGCAAUAUCUGCAACAAGGCUUUCCACCAGGUCUACAACCUCACCUUCCACAUGCACACCCACAACGACAAGAAGCCCUUCACCUGCCCCACGUGCGGCAAGGGCUUCUGCAGGAACUUUGACCUUAAGAAGCACGUCCGCAAGCUGCACGACAGCAGCCUGGGGCUGGCCCGCACGGCGGCCUGGGAGCCCGGCGCCGACCCGCAGCCCGCCGCGCAGCAGCCGACGCCCGCCCCGCCGCUGCCGCCGCAGCUGCCGCCCCCUGGGCCUCUGCAGCCCGGGCUCCAUCCGAGCCACUAG